UGUCAAGAUGAAGUCUCAAAUUGCAAUUCUCGUUGUUGCAUUCGUUUUUGUUUGCGUCGAGUCCAAGCCUGCUGGCAAGGAAUCUGAAAUUUUGAGAUACGAUAAUGAUGUGAGGGAUGACGGUUACGCUUUUUCCUUCGAAACUAACGACCCCAUUAAACGUAGCGAACAAGGAGUAGUCGUUCCUGGUCCACCUCAUGCCCAAGGUAGAAGCCCUGAAGAAGGAGAAUACAACAGCCAUCUUCAAGUUAAGGGUGACUUCGGUUUCAAUUUCCCCGAUGGUCUUCCAUUCCACGUGGAUUUCGUUGCAGACGAAAAUGGCUACAGACCCAAAGUUUCAUUCGGGCAAGCAUAA